GCGUCACUGCAGGGGGCGGUCUUGUGGAGAACACCGGAAGUCAGAGCCAGUGGUCGUUCGGCUGCACAUUGGAUUAAAAACAACAACUCCGACUCACGCUGGAAAAAGAAGACUGGCGCGGACGUCGUUGUGUCACCAUGGCAACCGAGGGGGAUCCUUCAGACUUGGUCAAAGUGUUACACCUCCUGGUGCUUUCUUUCUCCUGGGGCAUGCAGGUCUGGGUCUCCUUCAUUGGAGGUUUUGCUUUGGUGCGGCAGGUGACCCGGCACACGUUUGGCUUAGUGCAGAGUAAACUCUUCCCGGUUUAUUUCUACUGUCUGCUGGGAAGCCAUUUUGUCAGUCUGGCAAUUUAUGCAGUGUAUCAUCCAAGAGAGCUGCUGGACGCGCAUGAAACUGUGCAGAUGGGCUUGUAUUUUACGGCGUUGGUGACGGCGGGUCUCAAUGCUCAGUGGUUCGGUCCGGCAACCACUGAGGUGAUGUUCCUGAUGAGGGAGGUGGAGACGGAGCACGGUCUUGGAAACCAGGUCGGACUGGGCGCCGAAAAGGAAGCUUACGCCAAACUCAAAGAGCGAGACCCCAAGUAUAAAGCCUACAAAAGAACGUUCGGCCGCUACCACGGGUUGUCUAGCCUCUGUAAUCUGAUUGGAGUCAUCUGCACCACAACUAACUUGAUCUACACUGCUCUAAAUCUGUCUACAAUUUAGACAUGGUCAGGUGUCAAAAGUCUAAUUGGGUACAAUUGCCAAAUACACAGUAUAUCCAUUAUGUCCAGUAGGGGGCGGUGGUGAAACACAUUUAAAAAUGAGGAAACAAGCAGGUAAUGGUGGCUUUUGUUUGAAAAUAGGUGUCACACUUUUUUUUUAAACGACACAGAAUACAUUUAUUCAAUGGCUCAAAUCUCUGGAAAGACCGCAUUAAAUUUCUUUACCUACACAGUUUUUUGAAUAAGCACAUUUUCGACAUUUGAUUUGCCCCGAUGAAGAACAUUCUUUUCAAUGGCGUUAGAUCCUGAUGCUCAUGAGUAAAAUCGAGUCAUUUUUGGGAUCAUUUGCUAUGCAAGUACGAGUGAUUGUGCACAUUUCUUUAGAAGGG